AUGAUUUGCAUUUUGACAGGGAUGUUUUUGCAUUACACAGUUCUGGCACAAUUAUGUUGGAUGACUUUGAUGUCGUACUUUCAAUAUAGACGUUACGUUAUAAUUUUUAACUCCGAGUACACGAACAUUAUUCUUAAAACCAUCUUAAUUGGUUGGGUUUUACCGAUUUUUGGCAUCAUUAAACAUAAAAUCAAAUCAUUUUUGAGAGCAAUUUUGAAACUGUCCAAUUAUUUAUUUUUUCUUUUUGGUUUAACCUGGUUAUUCGGUAUUGUUUAUGCAUUCACCGACAACUUGUACGUGAACUAUUGUUUUACAGCGUUAACAUCAGUGCAAGGUUUUAUGAUUUGUCUUCAUGCAAUAAUUACCGCAAAACAGAAGGUAGUGAAAAUUUCGACGGGAGGUGAAUCGUUACAAAGUACAAGAUUUGAGAAAUUUUCUGGUAGCUCUCAAACUUUUUGA